AGAAGGGUGAGUCCUUCAGGCAGGGUCUGUAAGGGCAGGUCAAGGAGAGGAAGUACAGAAUCAGGGUGAAAAUGGAGAUGAGUCAGAGUUGACUGGAACAAGACCAUGUGGACGAAGAAGGGCACGAAACGCGUUAGUUUGCAGCACACACUCUGAGAAAGUGCCCGGUAUUUGGGGGCACGAAACGCGUUAGUUUGCAGUACACACUCUGAGGAAGUGCCCGGUGUUUGGGGGCACGAAAUGCAUUUGUUUGCAGUACACCCACCACAAUUUCACCACUGUGUAUUGUUUCAAUAAAGCCAAAGUUUGAUAUUAUCACAUUGGCCUCCUGUGAACAGUCUGUCAGCGUUGCGAGCAGGUAACGUUUCUGGGCCCCAGCUUAGGUCUGUUCCACAUAUAUCGUCUAUAACUUGCCACAUCUAAUCGUGAGAUUGGCUCCUGGAUGUUGUUUCCUGCUGGGCCUAUGCCUCUCAUGUUGCAAUGUAGCUGUGAUUGGAUUUGGUAGUGUAUAACAACUUAGCAGGGAUGGGAAAACUAUGUAGCACUGGCGUAACUACCGAGGAAGCAGACCCCGCAGCUGCGAGGGGGGGGGCCGUGAGGAGAGGGGCCGGAAAGGAUUUUACUGAAGCCACGCCCCCGCCACCGGCUUUGCCUCCCUGCUGCCGGCACCUCUCCUGCUACUGGUGAAGGGCCUUGCGUUCCACAGCAGAACGCACGGCCAUCUUGGAUUUUUUUUUUUUACGAACCUAGAGAGCAGGGCGGGAGAGAAUCAGCAUAGAGCCUGGCUCUGGUCCCCCAGCAGAGCUCGUCUGCGAAGAACUAUUGGCACCUUAAGAGAUCGACGCAGAACUCAAGUACCUCAAGCGUCUCCUUUUACCGGGAACCCAUAAUCCUGCCCUGUUCCCAAAGCCUGUGCCUGUCUUCUUGUUCCAGGGACAGCCUUGUGCAGACCCCGGACACAGCCUCGGCAGUCCACCCCAGGGCCCGCUCGCUAAGCAUGCUAGGAGGUAGACAGGAGAGCAAAAGAAACGGCGAAAAGGUGACCAUCCACACUGCAUCGAUCGAUUUCUCCUCCCUGGCUCCUCACUGACAGGCAUCCUCCUCCCGACGUCCAGCAGCAGCAGUGUCUCUCCUUCCCCGCACAUCGGCUUCCCUCCUCCGCUCUCCUCAUCUCCCUGGUGGGUGCAUUCCAGAGCUGCCUAUAGAGCAGGAGCGCCUGUGUCUCUACUGGCAGCAUUGUGUGCAGCUUCCCGAGCGGCAGCUCCUUGUCAGCGCUGGGGAAGAGGACAGAGGGGAGGGCUAGGAUUUCCAGCAUGAGCUCCCGUUCAUGAGGGUCUUGAGAUGGAUAGUGGAUAUGCCAGGAGCACGAAGGAAUGGUGGAGGUAUAAAGCAGAGACAUAAAAUCUUUUCUACAAGAGAGCUUAGAUUAAGCCAAUAACUGCACCAAUGUCAGACAGUGAAGGAAUAGAAAGUUAUGAAAGCUUCCUCAUGAGAAAAGAGCAGGCAUCACUUCAGGAGGAAGGAGCCAACAAAGAGGACAGUGAGGAUGAGGAGCAGGAUGAGGAUGAUGAUUGGUACUGGGAUGGUACUGAUACAAACUUUAAGCAUUAUUCAGCUACAAGGAGCAGUAAUCCACAGGCCAACAGAAAUAACAUACAGAGUGGUUCUUCUAAAACCUACACUGUGUCAGACAAAGUUUUACAGAAGUAUGAAAAUAAAAUCAAUUUGGGUAAACUUUAUAUUUCGGAAUCUGUUUUCAAUAAAGUCAGUGAAAAAUCCAGGCAGAAGGAGUCCGAUACGUACCGGGUUAAAGAUAAAUCUGACAGAGCAACCGUGGAGCAGGUAUUGGAUCCUAGGACUCGAAUGAUUCUUUUUAAGAUGCUUACAAGGGGAGUCAUAUCCGAAAUCAAUGGCUGUAUCAGCACUGGCAAAGAAGCAAAUGUUUACCACGCUAGCACUUCAUCUGGAGAUAACAGAGCAAUCAAAAUUUACAAGACUUCUAUACUGAUGUUUAAGGAUCGUGAUAAAUAUGUGAGUGGGGAAUUCAGAUUUCGUCAUGGCUACUGCAAAGGAAAUCCAAGGAAAAUGGUGAAAACAUGGGCAGAAAAAGAAAUGAGAAACUUAAUAAGGCUGAACACCGCAGGGAUCCCUUGCCCAGAGCCUAUCAUGUUGCGAAGCCAUGUGCUUGUUAUGGGAUUUAUUGGGAAAAAUGACAUGCCUGCUCCUCUUCUAAAAAAUGCUCAGCUGUCUGACUCCAAAGCAAGAGAGCUUUACCUUGAUAUUAUACAAUAUAUGAGGAGAAUGUACCAGGAUGCCAGGCUUGUACAUGCCGAUCUCAGUGAAUUUAACAUGCUGUAUAACAAUGGAAAUGUUUUCAUAAUCGAUGUAUCUCAGUCAGUGGAACAUGAUCACCCUCAUGCCUUGGAGUUCCUUCGAAAGGAUUGUGCUAACAUUAACGAUUUCUUUGUCAAGUAUGACGUUGCAGUAAUGACUGUGCGUGAGCUGUUUGAAUUUAUAACAGACCCAUCGAUCACCAAGGACAACAUGGAUGCUUACUUGGAGAAGAUAAUGGAGAUAGCUGCUGAACGGACAGAAGAAGAGAGAUCUAGCCAAGAUAAGGUUGACGAAGAGGUGUUCAAGAAGGCAUAUAUUCCUAGAACUCUAAAUGAGGUUAAAAAUUUUGAGAGAGAUGUAGAUACAAUGCAGAAGCUGAAAGAGGAAGACAUGUCCCUUAACACACAACAAGAUAAUAUUCUCUACCAGACAGUGACUGGACUGAAGAAAGACUUAUCGGGUGCUGAAACGGUUCCAGCCUUGCUUCAGAACAGUAACAAUGAAGAUCAGCUGGGAUCAGACUCCGAUGAUGAUGAUGAUAAUGAUGAUGGUGCGAAAGAUUCUGCAUCAGAUUCAGAUGAAGACAUACAUCCCAAAAAUCAGGGGUCUCAGCCAGAAGUGGAUAAAAAGGAAAGAAAAAAGACAGUUAAAGAAGCCCAGCGAGAAAAGAGAAAAAACAAGGUUCCAAAGCAUGUGAAGAAAAGAAAAGAGAAAGUAGCAAAAAUGAAGAAAGGGAAAUAGAGUAGAAUUUGAGAGAAAUUAAAUAAGUCAAUGUAAAAUAUCCAUCUAUUCAUCUUAAAGAUGAACUGGGAGCAUUACACUGUGUGUAGAUGCGUGUGGUACAUAGAACUACAUUAUUCUCAGAAUUGUAAGUAUUCAGUGUGCAGCGGCUCAUAGUAAGUCAUUCAUUGAAGCCGCACAUCUUGUUCACUUCACAAUUUCCAUUCAUGCUGCAAAUGACCAGGCUGCAUAAUUUAUUUAACUCCUUGAUAUACCAAUUGACUGAGCAGUUAGCAGCAGUGUCUGCAGUAAAGUAGUGUGCUUUUAAUUAUUGUAUGCUUUUUGUAUAUACUAGCUCAGAAUGCCUUAAAGGGAAUGUCAACCCAAAAAAAUGUCUUUGCCUAAUAAAAGAAUAUGUAAUUCUAA